AUGAACCGCACGCUCAGCAUGAGGGCGGGAGGGGGAGGCCGAUCCUACAGCGCUGCCUCGGCCAUCGUUCCGAGCAGCACCAGGGCUGGCUUCAGCUCUGUGUCUGUGGCACGAUCGGGAGCAGGAGGAGGAGGCUUUGGGAGGCUCGUUGGAGGAGGUGGCGGUGCUGGUGGCGGCGCAGGUUUUGGCAGCAGGAGCCUCUACAACCUCGGUGGUAGCAAGAGGAUUUCCAUCGGGGUUGGAAGCAGCUUCCGAGCUGCUUUUGGAAGUGGAGCUGCUGGUGGCUCUGGCCUGGGAGGUGGCGGUGGUGGGGGUGGCCUUGGGCUGGGGCUUGGGGGUGGAGGAGGUGGAUUUGGUGGUGGAGGAGGCGGAUUUGGUGGUGGUGGAGCUGGUGGUGGCCUUGGGCUGGGGCUUGGGGGUGGAUUUGGCUUUGGUGGGGGUGCUGGGGGCCUUGGCUACAGUGGUGGGCAUGGAGGUGGCGGGGGCUUUGGCUUUGGUGGACUGGGGGGGCUGGGAGGGUCCCCUCCGGGGCUGGGUGGUGGCAGGAGCCCAGGGGGAUUUCCUGGUGGCCCGCCUGGAGUGGGUACAAUCCAAGAAGUGACUGUGAACCAGAGUCUCCUGGCACCACUGAACCUGGAGAUAGAUCCAAACAUCCAACAGGUGCGGAAAGAUGAGAAGGAGCAAAUCAAGACCCUCAACAACAAAUUUGCUUCUUUCAUUGACAAGGUCCGCUUCUUGGAGCAGCAGAACAAGGUGCUGGAGACCAAAUGGACCCUUCUGCAGGAGCAGGGCCAAAAAAACAGCUCUGGCAAGAGCAACCUGGACCCGCUGUUCGAGGCCUACAUCAACAACCUGCGGCGGCAGCUGGCCAACCUGCUCAACGAGCGGGGCCGCAUGGACGGCGAGCUGAAGAACAUGCAGGACCUCGUGGAGGACUUCAAGAACAAAUACGAAGAGGAGAUCAACCGGCGCACGGCAGCAGAGAACGAAUUCGUGGUGCUCAAGAAGGAUGUGGAUGCUGCUUACAUGAACAAGGUGGAACUGGAGGCCAAGGUGGACGCCCUGAGCGACGAACUCAACUUCCUUCGAGCCCUCUACGAGGCGGAGCUGGCCCAGCUCAGUGCCCAAGUGUCCGACACCGCUGUCAUCCUGUCCAUGGACAACAACCGGGACCUGGACCUGAGCAGCAUCAUCUCUGAGGUCAAAGCUCAGUACGAGGACAUCGCCAACCGCAGCCGUGCCGAGGCCGAGGCUUGGUACCAAACCAAGUUUGAGGAGCUGCAGGCCACCGCUGGGAAACACGGUGAUGACCUGCGCAACACGAAGGGGGAAAUCUCAGAGCUCAACCGGCUCAUUCAGAGGAUCCGCUCCGAGAUAGAGAACACGAGGAACCAGUGUGCCACCCUGCAGACGGCCAUCGGGGACUCUGAGGAGCGUGGGGAGAUGGCCCUCAAGGAUGCCAAGGCAAAGAUGAUUGACCUGGAAGAUGCCCUGCAGAAAGCCAAGGCUGACAUGGCCCGGCAGCUCCGCGAGUACCAGGAACUCAUGAACGUCAAGCUGGCCCUGGACAUCGAGAUCGCGACCUACAGGAAGCUGCUGGAGGGCGAGGAGAGCAGGCUCAGCGGGCAGGGACUGAACCCCAUCGGCUACUCGGUCAUCAGCUCCAGCUCCGGCAUGGCUGGUGGAGCUGGCUUAGGAGGAGGAUUUGGCGGACUGAGCCUGAGUGGAGGAGGCGGCGGAAGUGGUUUUGGCCUUGGAGGAGGUGGUGGAAGCAGCUUUGGUCUUGGAGGAGGUGUUGGAAGUGGUUUUGGCUUUGGAGGAGGCGGCGGGAGCAGUUUCGGUCUUGGAGCUGGCGGUGGAGGAGGAGGAGGAGGAGGAGGCUACAGCUUCGGAAGCGGAGGAGGACUUGGACUCGGGGCUGGAGGUGGUCUUGGAGGUGGAUUUGGAGGAGGAAGUGGUCUGGGCUCUGCUAGCAGCUACAGCCACGCUGGAGGCGGCAGCAGCGCCCUGAGCACCAGCGGAGGGAAUUUCAGCUCUGGAAGUGCAAAAGGCACCAACCCAGGUGUGAAAAUCGUCUCCAAAACCUCCUCCAGCAAAAAGAGCAUAAAAAGCCAAAGCCUGAAGAAUGCCACAGAGCCCGAGUAA